UAUCAUUACUCGAUAAAUACAAAUCGGCCGCCGAAACCCAUCUCUGUCUCAUAUGAAAUCCUGGCCCCAAAUUCUCGGCAGGGUUUCAGAGGACCCAAGCUCCAUUUGAUGAUUUGUUUACUGUUGCCCCUCGAACCCUAGCGAACGCAUUUAUAUUCUUGUUCCGUCAACAUAUCCCCUAAUCGGGCAAUGGAGGGCUCUGUGGCGAACGAUCUCGACGGAGCCCCCGAGUCAUGGGAGGUCGCCGAUUUGGAAGAGUCCAUGACCCGCUUGAUUCUCUCCUCCAAGAAGGACUCGUCCAGGCCCACCCAUGGGGCUGCAGAUGAUACUGAUGCCUCAUCUACUUCUUGUUUAUCGUCUUCCGCGGUGUCUAGUUGCCCGGAUGAGAAAGUUUCGGAGGAUGUACUCAAUCAGGUUGAUCAAUUUCUUCGCGAAGCAUUACAAAACCCUCGGGAGCGCCUGUCAAUUUUAAGGAUGGAGCAAGAUGUGGAGAAGUUUAUACGUGAUCCUACUCAGCAGCAAUUAGAGUUUCAGCAGCUGCCUACUUCUUACUUGCGGUUGGCUGCACACCGUGUGGCACAACAUUAUUCACUUCAUUCAAUGGUUUUGUUAGAUAAUAGUUUGCCUGAUGGCUCUGGUUCCAGAAUUAUUGUUCGUAAAACAACUGACUGUGGAGCUCCUGUGAUUCGCCUUGCUGACAUUCCUGUAAAUUUACCGUCAGAAGAUUCAAGCAUUGUCAAGGUUGCAAUUAAGCAGAGGCCGCAGAGGGGGUCAGAGAAUGGCAAUUUUGGGAAUUCAAACUCGUUAAAGUCAAACAGUGCUAAAAGCGUCGAGGAGAGGAAAGAGGAGUAUAACAGGGCUCGUGCUAGAAUAUUUUCUAGUGGUGAUCCAAGCGGUGGUGCAAGUGGAAGAUUGGAUAAUGAAUUAAGACUGCAAGAUACACCCCAACAUGGUAACUUUGGGAUCUCAAAGACUGAAGAAAAACCUGGACCGGGCUUUGCUGAUAUAACUUCUGGACCUCCCUGUAGAGUUCUGAUUGAUCCGUCGAUAAGUAGUGGUAGAACAGUUAGAAAUAGAGCAGAGAAGGAACCAAUUGUUAGGUACAAACCAAAUAAUAGGGUAGCUAUAUUUCGGGAUCGUGAUAUUGACAGCAAGGAUCCAGACUAUGACAGGAACUAUGACAGGUAUAUGCAAAGAUUUGAUCCCGGGUUCGGGUUUAAUGGAGGAUCAUACACCAUCCAGCCUAUGUACACGCCUGCAGUAAACUACAACACAGAAUUCCCUCAGCUGGGUAAUACUCACGGACCUCAGAUUUCUGCUGAACAUCAGGUUCAUCCUCAUCCUCAACAUCUACCUGGGCCAUGGUCUCCUGCAUCAGCGCCUGGGGGAAUCGGUUAUGCUCUUCUUGAAACCAUGUUUGCACCAUUUAAUCCUAAUCAUGUUGGUGCACACUCCACGUCUGGCUUGUAUCUGCAUACUUCCCAAUUUUCUUGUCAGCGUCCUGGAUUACCUUUUAUCCAUCCUCAUGAAGUUCAUCUACCUUUUUCACAGUCGCAUCAACAAUAUGAUGCAUGUUUUGGAUUAGCCCGGCCCCGAUGAGGGCAGGGGCCAUGCCUGCACUCUGCCUGCUGGGAGCUAAGCUUAAAGUACAUGCUGCUAGGGUUUCCCAUUUUUAACUGGCAGAGUGCAGGCAUAGAGAACCGAGGUGGACUGGAGUGGAUGGAUUUGUUAAUGAGAUGGAAACACGCACUGGUCCACUCUACCAUUCUCGGUUUUGUAGGAAGCUUCUGUCAUCCUUGAAGAAUGAUGAAGAAGUGCACUGGUUUUGGAUAAAUUUUUUGUGGGCGUUUAUUUUGCCAUGGAUAAUGCUGAAAGAAAGAGAAGAAUCUUUUCCAGCGCGGGGAAGCAUGCUCCUCUUACCUGUGGUGAAGGUAUGCAACCUAUUUAUAGUUUAUAAACAUCUAUCUGUAUGUAUGCAGUUUUUUAUUUUCAAAUCUUCUGAAGCCAUAUGUGUUUUAUUUUCCUUUUGGCUUUCAGAGCUCCAAGCCAUUUCUUUUUGGCGGGUGCUGGUAAACAUUCUUGGCGUGUCUUGAAUUUCAACGAAAGCAUUUGACAGCCAACUUGCAAGACACUUGAUUGCUGUGUUGCGCUAGGAUGUGCAGUUAAUUGCUGAACCUGAAACCAAGAAAGGGAAACCACAAUGCAUGUUGUAUGGCCUUUUCUUUCCCAGAUAGACUAUUUGUCAUAUCACUUUUAGAUAUUUGCAGGAAUGAAUACUCCAUUUUAGGAAAUAAAAUAAUUGUUUUCUCUUAA